CACCUACGGAUACCCAGGUAAUUUCCAUACCAAUCUGGGAAAUUUCUUGUGCAGUCUCCCACCGUAUCACUUGGAUUCUGGCUACCUACCCUCUGGCCUCAGGCCACCGUGCCCUGUGAUGGAAGGGACAAUUUGUCGUACCUUCCACAAUUUUACCAAUUUCAUUAUUUGCCCAGUUUUAGAACUAGCGCCGAAAGAAAUCUCAAGAAAAAUUUCGAACACGAGCCCAGGCGAAACCCACGGGUGUUAUCAAGGACAAGGACCCGAGAAAACGAGCCGCGCCUCCGAAAUCCAAAUCAAAGCCAAACUCCAAGCCGAAACAACAAGCCGAAACAAAAUAUGCCCGCGCAUAUUUCGGACACGCGGGACGGGUCUGCGGCAAGCGCGAAUGCCGGGCGCGAAUGCUGGGCGCGAAUGCUGGGCGCGAAUGCUGGGCGCGAAUUGGAGCGUCAGUUCUGCCCCAGGGUGAGGGCAGGAAUGGCGAUCAGAGCGCGGAACUCGGUCGCGUCCUUCUCGGAAGCCCAUGGGUGCCCUCUCGCUAUCCCGCUCCGCAUCAAAUGGCCUUCGAAAUCUCAUCACCAUCAACCGGUACGAAAGAGGGCGUGGGCGGCAGUAUUCGCCUGCUUGGCCCUCGCGGCUACUGGCCCAAAUCCGGCAACUCGCCAGCGACUGACGCUUGCUUUGCGCCGCUCCAGGCAGCUCACAUUGGUAAGAAUGCAAUGCACUUCCCCGUCGCGAAUAGGUUCCGAAUCUUACUUGGCUGUUCACUUGAUUAGACCAGGUCUUCGUUCUCAAGCCGCACCCUGCCACGUUGGCGCUCCAUGUAAAUCACCACCAAGUCAUUAUCGCUCCAGCUGCUGCGGCUGGGCCCUCAUCCAUCAAGAGACAAUACCCCCCCGGAUCAUUGAACUCGGCUUGCCAGAUAAGGAGGCCGAUGGGAGCCUGAGCGGCAGCAUUGUCGAGGGUGCCGAUCUCGCACAUGAGACAUACUUGUCGGUGGCCAUGAAGGACCUCUCCCGCAAGGACAUCGGCGAGAUGGCCGUCUGUUUCAGCGCCGUCUUGGCCGUCAGCGAGCCAUUCUACGAGACGCAGGAUGCGAUCGCGAAGGAGACGUACCCGAACGCCAAAACCACGGCCAACGCGCCCCUCAUGCUCGCCUUGGAACGGAUGCGCCUCGAGAAGCUCGACUAGAUCGAACAGUACUUUGAGGCUCACGAGAUUGAGGUGCGAAAGUGCACGCAAUCCUGGUACAGCUUUGACAGGGGAGAGAUGGCGACGGGGAGGAUGCCCCGAGUCUAGUCGCGGUCCAGGCCAUUGCCAUGUCUCCUUGCCGGCGUAGCACAAUUGAUUUUUGUAAGUGCCUGCCUAUUGUUGUAAUUUAGCAUGGUCAGAAAUGGGCUUCCCCUGAAUUAAGCGGCAGCGGCGGGCACGAGGCUUGGCGAGAAUUUUUG